AUGAACUAUGACUGGAUCCUGGACGGGGGUUACCUCCCCCACGUCGUGAUCCGCACCGGCAUCCGGCGCCUGCUCCGGGACCGCCUGGCCUCCAUCGCCGCGCAGUCCACGACGGCCGCCACGCAGGACAAGAUGGCCUACGUCGCCAAGCUCAAGACGCAGCCCAUGGCCGUCGCCACCGACACGGCCAACGAGCAGCACUACGAGGUCGGCACCGGCGUGCUGGCCGCCUGCCUCGGGCCCCGCAUGAAGUACUCGUGCUGCCGCUACCCGACUGGCACGGAGACGCUGGCCGAGGCCGAGGUCGCCAUGCUCGACGAGUACAUUGCCAAGGCCGAGCUCAAGGACGGCAUGGAGAUUCUGGACCUGGGCUGUGGUUGGGGCUCGGCAUCGCUGUGCUUUGCCGAGAAGCUACCCGCGGCCAGGAUUACCGCCUUCUCCAACUCCAAGACGCAGAAGCAGCACAUUGACGGCGAGGCGAAGCGCAAGGGCCUGACGAACCUGCGCGUCCUGACCGGCGACGUGGUCGACUACGAGUUCGAGUCUGAGAAAUUCGACCGCGUUGUGUCCAUCGAGCUGUUUGAGCACAUGAAGAACUACGAGCUGCUGAUGCAAAAGGUGGCGCGCGCCCUCAAGCCCGGCGGCAAGCUGUUUGUGCACAUUUUCGCGCACGCCACCACGCCCUACGACUUUGAGGACGGCUGGAUGGCGACGCACUUCUUCACCGGCGGCACGAUGCCCUCGGCGGACCUCUUGCUGUAUUUCCAGCGCGACCUGGUCCUCCAGAACCAGUGGUGGAUCAACGGCGGGCAUUAUUCCAAGACGUGCGAGGAUUGGCUGUCGUGCAUGGCCAGGAACAAGAAGCAGAUGUGGCCGCAUCUGGUCGAGACGUACGGGGAAAAGGACGCGCAGACGUGGUACAAUCGAUGGCAGAUCUUCUACCUCGCCUGCUCGGAACUUUUUGCCUAUGCGGGAGGGGAUGUCUGGGGCGUGUCUCAUUACUUGUUUGAGAAGCGCGCCUUGUAA